GGCAUGUUUUAAAUUUCUGUUCUGCUCCUAGACUAAAAAAUAGGCAUGUGUUCUGAUCCUAGACUUGGAGUUACAUUCCUUACACCUUGUUUCUUUCACUUGUCCUAAUCAAUAGUAAUUUCUGUGGCUUAUUUCUGUCGCAAGGGUAGUUCAAAUUUUCAUCCGAAUCGCCGUCUAAAAGCCUUUCAUCAUUAUUCUUAUUGGCGUUAUAUCAUGAUCUUCUUCUAAAGCAGUAAAAAGCAUCAGGAAUUUUAUCCCAGUGUUGUGAUAGAGUUGGACUGAAGACCUCUUGGUGGCGGAAAUCUCGAAAUAACUUGGUAGUUAUUUUUUUUCUACAUGGCUGUAGGAGUUUAUUGAGUAAGAAAGUCACUUCUCGAUGUCGUUACGACGCGAGGUCGAUACCAAUCAUCAUGAAAUAUUUGCUGUAGACGGAAGUAGUGCGUUUAGAAGUCUUGUUUACCCCUGGAGUGGGUGCAUUCAUUCACUCACACCGCUGAAGCAGCGCGCGGUGUCAUAGUUAAAGUUAAAAAGCGAUGUGGGUGUG